CCUAGUCUGCCGGAGAGAAGAAGAAGACACUGAAGCCGGAAAAAGCUGAGGCGCCAAAAACGAAACAAUUCUCCAAGUUAGAAUAGAUGUAAACAAACGAUUGUUUCUGUGUAAUCGAGUUUAUUAGUUAACGUUCAGACUCGUGUGCGACCAUGGAGCCGACGGAGAGGUUCUUCUCCAGACUCCGGAAGCUGGCGGUGACUCUGGAGUCAGAAACCACCAAACUCCAGGAGUCUUUCGAUAACCGCGAGAAAAACGAGGUUGACAGCGAAACCACCGCGAAGGCGAUGCGAGCAUACCACGAACUGAACGGCGACGUCGGGAACCUGAAGGGGCAGGUCCAGGAUCAGAUGACUCAACAUAAAGCGCAGGAGAAUGAGGUGAGCAGCUUCAUCAAGGCCUGCAGAGUGAUGGAGCAGAGGGUCAGUCAGGACAUCCAGACUCUGAAGGAACACUGGGAAAACUACGGCUACGAGGCUCCCAGAGAUGCCCAGAGACGAACCAAAGACAACCACCAGGACUCAGAUACUGAAGAAUUAGCAGAUGAAAGUGAAACUAAGUCAGCAGAAGAAGAAGAGGGAAGCCAGGAGGAGGCUGGAGAUGAUCAGGCCUCAUCAUCUCGGACAAUGGGGCCACCGCCCUUCACUGACGUGAUGCGAACCCCGCAGCUCUCUGACUUUGGUCUGUCUGAGAUUCUGCUGAAGAGAGGUCUGGCUGGGAGAGAGUGGUGCUCUGAAGUGCCCCCCAUGCCUGAGAUAAGACUCACUCACCCUUCACUGAGCACGCCCACGCCACCACCCAUGCCCAUAACACCCAAGCGUGCCCUGCGGAUGGAUGACACCGAGCUUCAGAGUCCUCAGAUGCACAACUUUGGCAUCUCCGAGCACACAAUGUGUCUGUACAACGACUUCACUAUGAAUCUGAUCCAGAAGAACAUCGACAAGCCUCAAAGAUCAUCACAAGACAAACCUGUACCACCCUUGGAAUCUCUAAAGGAGAGUUUACAGACUAAAGCAGAAAACUUGGAGUCCCCAGAACUGCCUGUGUUUUGCACCCAGGGGUUCAAAAUCAAAAAGACAAACAAACCAACAGCAAACUGCUCCCCAGCAGCGUCAGGCAGGGGUGACCCAGAAUCCCCCACUCGUCUGGGACCCCUGUGUACCACCCCUGAGGUCCCCGCUUUUCAAACACCAUACUUGAGCCGACUUGUGAGCACAAAAAAGAGCGCAAAGCAGCCAGAGCCUAUCAGCAUGCAAACUGAUGAUGACGGCCACAGCUCCAAACCUUUGACGCCAACUCAUAGCACAGCAACCGGCUCCAAACGCAUGUGGGAGUACAAUGUGCCAGAGAUAUCCAUCAUGGGUGAGGAGGACAAGCAAAUGCCAGAGAUGCCCAACCUGGAGUCUUGUUUGGGGAAAUCUCUACAAAAUAGAAGUGCGAAAAUCCCAAGGAAGACUGGUGUGCAUGAACAGGUGACGGAGGAGUUUGCUGUUAACAGCCUGGAGCUGGACGAACCCACCCAGGAGUUCAGCUUGGGGACACCUCGCAUCAGGAGGGACUACCAAGAGCCCAGCACCCCCGAGAUGCCCGACCUCAGCUCUGUAACACAGGACAUCUGUAAACUUGUGUCCCAGAGUCAGUUGAAAAAGACAGAAGUGGCAGUUGUGCAACCAAAUGUCAGGACACAAAAACAUAAAAACAGUGCUCCGAGUCUGUCUGCGGUGUCAGAGAGCGAGUUCCAGAGUUUACCACGCUACAUGAGGCAGAUGACGCUGUCCAACCUCAACCAGGUCGUCCACAACAUCAACAAGUUCACAGCAGAGUUUCCAGGAGAAAAGACGGAACUGAAUUUGGAGGAGCUGAAGAGGAUUACCAACGUAGGGACCAAGACGCCCGUGUUCGUCCUGUGUCUCACCGAGCUCAAGAGGCUGCAGCAAGUGGGGGGAGCCAAGAACAACGCCGUGUACAAACUGAGCGCAAAUACCUAACUGCUGCUUGAAACUGAAAUCUAGUUUUAUCUCAACUCACAAAACGCUGCUCAUACAAGUUGUAGCUGCCGGUUUCUGGUUUUCUCAAUUUGCACUAAUGUGAGUUUAUUGAUCUGAAUAUAAAUUGACUUGUAUAUAAUAAAUCCUAACAUUUCUGAACAUUGUUUGGAAAUGUGUUCUCCAGAGGCUCGUGUAGCAUAUUUAAAAGUUUUAGUUAAAGUUUAACAAAUUCUGAAUAAAAGGUGAUAGAAGUAUUUACUCAGUAUAAGUGCAGCUGAACUCUAGUCUACAGCAUUAAUGAAUUAGGCCAAAAUAGGAUAACCUGUUAUACAAUAUACAAAGUGCCAGAAGAAAUGUAGUCUUGUAAAUGUAAAUAUUGUCAAAACCUCGGAACCUCACAAAAUAUUAUGUUAACUAACCGUUAAAACCACUAAAACAAAGUGAUGUCACCAGAAACGGUCCAAUUAGAUUGUUGAAAUGUAAAGGACCAUUAAGGACAUCACAUUUCAUUUUCGAAGUUUACCCUUUUUUAAUUUUUUACUUCUCUUAAGUACCUGCACUUUACUUGUUUGGCUAUUUACACCAUGUUAACAUUUAUUUGCUAACAUUUAACAUUCGUUGUAUAACUGCAUGACCUCACCGUUUAAGUUAACCCAGACGCUCCAAUCACAUCGUUGAAUGCAAACAGCCGUUAAUGAUAAAGCUACCAUUUUGUAUUUCUUUCCUUAUGUCCCCCUCCUUUUGUCUUCUUCUUUUAAGUAAUUAUGUUUUUUAUUAUGCCGCGUUCCAUUAAACCUCGGAAGUCGGAAGUUACAACUGGUCGGAAUUUCGACUCGGGAGGUCAGAGGAACCUCACAAACCCGGACUUCGAAAUCCAAGAUGGCCCCUCCAUAUAUCAACAGCAGUGAAAGCUGUAGUUUUUACUGUUUAUUAGCACCGCUGUCAUUAAAUGUGUCGUACACAUAGUACUGUCCAAUUUCUGUCUGUGGGCGUUUUACCACUUUAGCAUGUGUGAAAUGCCGCCUAAUGCGUUAUUAUGACCAGUUUUGUGCUCACAAUGGCUCACUGGCACUGGCAUUGAUUACCACUCGGAAUAUUGGGGUGGGAGGUCAUUCCGAGGUUUUUAAUGGAACGUGGCAUUGAUUUGGGUUCACCCGGGGCUCCACACAGGCUAGAACCCCCACUGGUUAGUUAUUAAUCUAAAAUACAUUUGACGGCUAGAAAAAAUAAAUAAUUUUCUCUA